AUGUUGAAGCGAUGUCGAGAGGAUCCCCAGCCAAGUGUGCCCCCGGCCAAGCGAGCACGCAAUGCGAAGACCGGCUCGCUCGACCGCCUCUCAUCCUUGAGUGACGAACUUCUGCUGCAUAUCCUGUCCUUCCUUCCAAUAUCGUCCCUGAAUGUCUGUCAAAGUUUAUCCCGUCGAUUCAAUGCUCUCAGUGCAGACUCCGAGCUCUGGAAAAGGCAGUAUUACUCGCAGUGGGUGCGACCUCGAGCCCGGCGCUUGGCAAAUUCCCGGCGCACAACACUGGUUCCAUCAAAGACAGAUUAUUCGCCGAAAGUAUCGACAUGGUUCGAUCACAGCCACUUGGCAGAGGAGGGUAGGGUGACCAACUGGAAGAGACAAUAUCGGCUCCGACACAACUGGUCAAAAGGAGCUUGCCGAGUGACUGAAGUCGAAUUUGCUGAGCCGCCGUGCCCUCCCACUCUCGUGAAGCUCUGUGCUGGUAUUGUCUUCACAGCCGAUUCGACCUAUGGACUGCGGGCCUGGGCGACGAACGACCCCAAGUCCUGUCUGGCCAGGGCCUCUUUUUCGGAUGGCCAAUCCAAGUCAUCUGCGACAGGACCGACAGCUCUAGCCGUGAGCGAACAAGAAGAUGGAACUGAGAUUGUGGUUGGAUUUGUAAAUGGCUGCUUCAGUCUCUACUUUUGGAAUCCUCAGACAGUCCAUUUGGACUUGCAAUCAUCUCAUGUCGGGUUUAGCGGUGGAGCCAUCACCACCAUGGCCUUGUCAUCACCAUAUCUCCUCAUGGUUUCUCAACAUAAGAUUCUAUCAUUGUAUAACUUGCGUCCUACGCCGCAUGCCGCAGGUUCGGCGAUUUCGGCCAAGGAGCCCCAGCAGCUCGCGUCCCUCCGAGCGGAUAACAUUGUCGCACCAAUGACUCUAUCUCUUCGGGUCUCUCCAUUCGACAUCACUGCCACAAUUGUUUACAGCUUCUUCCACAUUGGCUGUGGCUGGUCUUUGGGGAUUCAAGAGUUGCGUUUGGGCAAAGAUGGCCAACAGCGGGAUUCCCAACUUGCCACGACGGUAGACUCUCAAUACGGGAUGCGGCCAUUACAGGGUCUACCACAGUCACGAAAACGGCGUCAUUCCACGGCCCAGCUUGAAUCGUCUGCCUCCGGGCCCCCCAGUGUGCCCUCCAUAUCACAUCAGCAACCUCCGACCUCCAUGUCUUACUCGCACCCGUACCUGCUGACUUCGCAUGCGGACAACACAUUAACCAUGUACUUGGUAGUGUCGACCACCAACAGUCUAUUUGUGCGAGGUGGCCAGCGGCUCUGGGGCCACACCUCGUCGGUGUCGGCCGUGCAAGUGACCAAUCGCGGGAAGGCCGUGUCGGUCAGCUCUCGUGGUGAUGAGCUUCGCAUCUGGGAGCUGGAGAUGGCUGUUGCCUCAUUGAAUACUCGCCGGCCAGUGGAGGAGAACAGUAUUCAGAUCAGCGCGGAGAACAAGCCGCCGCUGCCAAGGCCGGCCCUUGAGGCCAACCCGGUAGGGCUAACAGCCGGGACGACUCGGAUGCAGGGAUGUGUCGGCUUUGACGAGGAGCGAGUGGUUCUACUUCGCGAGAAAGAGGUUGGCACUCCGUUGCUUGAAUGCUACGACUUCACCUGA